AUGCCCCGCGUACAAGGGAAAUGCAACAGACCAUGCUGCUCGUACAAGGGUCAAGCUUCGCCCUUGCCCUUGCCCGCGGGGCAAGGGGUCAAGGGUCAAGCAUGCCCGCCCAACACUGGUAGUAACCCGUACGUUUCUUCUUUCAUUUCGGCAUGCACGACUGUUUCCAACAAGACAUGUUGGCAACAGUGGCAUCGAGGACAACAGUGGCCCUUCUUUGAGUUGAUCCAGGAUAAUAGACAGCUUUCCAUGUGCCAUCAGAGUGCGUUGCCUUUUUGCAUCCAGACCUCGUCAAAAUCGUGCAACUGUGGAGAUUGUCCUUUUCAUGACAAUCAGCCGGCUCUCUUAUCAGAUUGA